UAUCGAGUGGCCGUCGCAUAGGCCUAUCGUGGAUUGUAAAUGUCCGUGUGUAGGCGAGUCACGUGUGGUCCGUUGAUUUCGUUUCGUCCGUACACCAAGAGAUUCGCUUAUUUGUUCAGUUUCUUUUUAGCCUUCCUUUAAAUAAGGCAUUUUACCGAAGAAUGAGUGACAACGAUGAUAUCGAAGUUGAUAGCGACGAAGAAUCAUCGAGGUUUCACUCAGUGGCGGACAAACGGGCGCACCACAACGCCCUGGAGAGAAAGCGCAGGGACCACAUCAAAGACAGCUUCCACAGCCUGCGGGACUCAGUACCGGCCCUGCAGGGCGAGAAGGCAUCCCGAGCUCAGAUCCUAGACAAAGCCACAGAGUACAUCCAGUACAUGAGACGAAAAAACCACACACACCAGCAGGACAUCGACGACCUGAAGCGGCAGAACGCCCUCCUCGAGCAGCAGGGUGAGUGCGGGGUAGGGGGGUCAGUGACCGUGUGUCCUGUGUGGGGAGUCCCAGCUGACAGAUGUGAGGGUUUUCCUCUGGAAUCCUCCACUAAUGACCAAAACAGGGGUGUUUCUCGAUAUGUGUACUUGAUCGUACUUGUGUUUUUGUGUACCCGUUUUGUCAUGUUCUAUUGCCAAAGACCAGUUCUAGUUCUCAAGAACAGAACUACAGAGAAUGGUAAAAAUCCCUGAAUGUCAUCCUUGCCCUGCCCCAAAAGUCAAGGAUACAUCAGUUGCAUCCUGGCCGAACGAGACCAGUCCCAUGAUUCAUUGCGCCCCAAGUUUGUUCUUGGAAGUUAGCAAGACCGGUCUUGCCAAGACCACAAGUACGAUCUUUGCAUUCUUGGUAUUGAGAAACAUCCCCGGACUUUGAGAUGGAAAAAUGAGGCUUUGAACCCUGCAGUGUAGUGGGGAAUCAGUGGGUUUAGCCUGAUACCCAGUGGCGUACAGCAGUAAUAAACCCUCAUACAGUGGGUCCAGUUUGUCGCCAGUUAUCCAUACAGUUAGAGCUGUACCUGAUGGAUGUGGGGAGGUGUUGUGUUCGUGUGCCGUGGAGGUGUGGGUGUCUAACCAGCGGCUGGGUGUCU